AUGAGUAAUUUUAUUAAUGAUGAUCAGAAUAAUCUUCAAGGCUUUCAAGAACUAGACAAUACUAAAUAUAAUCAAGAUAAUCAAGUUCUUGACAAUAUUCACUUUUCAUCUAUUCAAGACCCCAACACACAAAAUAUUUAUAAUGCUUCUCAAGUUCAAUUUUUCAAUAAUGACUUCAGUAAUUGCUAUGCUCAAAAACUAUAUAAUUCUCUUUUAGAUACUUUGUAUAUAGAAAAUAAUGUGAAAAAUGUAUAUAAUGAAGUAGCUAACUUAUGUAAGGUGUCUGAUGAAGAAUUUCAGAAUAAUGUAUUGAAUAAUGAAUACUUAGAAUUAGAGGCAGGACUUUCAUUUUCAGAUUGGCAGUCAUUUAAGGCUUGGUUAGAUUGUUUUGCAUUACAAGAAAGUUUUAAUUAUAAGAUUAGAACUAGCAAAAAGGAUGAAAAAGAUGGAGAAACAAUUAGGCGAGCUAAUUAUGUGUGUUUAAAAGCUGGAGUAUAUCAUUCCAAAGUGACUGCUGAUCCAACUAAACGAUAUAACAAUGUGUUUUAG